GUGGCCACCUUUAGCGGCAACGUUUGGUGGGUUUUCAAGGACGUGAUCCGGCCGUCGCCGAUGAGCUCGCUGGCGUGGACGGCCUCCUUCCCGUUCUUCCUCUACGGAUACGACGUGGCGAUUCAGGACUCCACGUUUUCCCUUCGGCACGACAUUCACAUGAGUGGCAGUGAACUAGCUGUCUACCUCACGUGUACAGGGAGGGUUGGGUACGCCGUGGGAGCCGUCGCCGCCGGCGUGGCCGCAAACUACUUCGGACGGCGGUAUGUCCUCGCCGCCGGGGGCGUGCUCUACACCGCCGGGACUCUUGUCGUGACGUUCACCUCGGGCUACGUGGAGUCGACGGUUGGACGGGCGCUGUCCUGUUUCGGCGUGGGGAUGGGCCUCCUCGUGGGACCCAUCUUCAUCGCCGAAACGGCGCCGUCCACGACACGUGGAUACCACGGUACCUUCCCGCAGGUACUGAUGGUUGUGGGGACCAUAACGGUCCACGUCCUCGAGCUAGCGUUUUUACGAGUUCCCAGGCAUCUGGCCUGGAGGCUGAUGCUUGGGGUCUCUGCG